AUGUCUACAUUAUGUCCAGGAAGCUUGAAGGGUGGUGCUUUCAGGGACUCCUGGACGAGAGUUAUCAUAGAGAAGCCAUUUGGACAUGAUUUAGAGUCGUCAGCUAAGCUUUCUAGUCAUCUGUCCAAAAUGUUCCAUGAGGAUCAACUUUACCGGAUAGACCAUUAUCUUGGCAAAGAGAUGGUGCAGAACUUGAUGGUACUAAGGUUCGGCAAUCGCUUCCUUGGCCCGUCAUGGAAUCGCGACAACAUUGCCUCCGUCACAAUCUCAUUCAAGGAGAAUUUUGGUACCGGUGGACGAGCAGGCUAUUUCGAUAAGGCUGGUAUAAUAAGGGACGUAAUGCAGAAUCAUUUGAUGCAAAUGUUGACGUUGGUAGCUAUGGAGAAACCUGCCAGUUUGAAUGCUGAAGAUAUCCGAGACGAGAAGGUGAAAGUGUUGAAGGCCAUCAAACCAGUGCACCUAAAGGAUAUGGUUCUAGGGCAGUAUGUGGCGAACUCGGAGUGCGCUCAGCCUGGCGCCGACGCUGGAUACAAGGAUGACAAGGAUGUACCUGAAGAUUCUAUAACGCCCACCUUUGCAUUGGCAGUUCUUCAUGUACAUAAUGAACGAUGGGAAGGAGUACCAUUCUUCUUGCGUUGUGGAAAAGCAUUGAACGAGAGUAAAACCGAAGUUCGUGUGCAAUUCAAGGAAGUUAAUGGUGAUAUCUAUCCUCCAGGUGAACUCAAAAGAAGUGAAUUUGUCAUGCGUGUACAGCCAAACGAAGCAGUAUAUCUCAAAAUUAUGACCAAGAAACCUGGCAUGGGUUUUGGUGUUGAAGAAUCCGAGCUCGAUCUCACUUACAAUGCUCGAUACAAGGAUACUCGGUUACCUGACGCGUAUGAACGGCUGUUUUUGGAAGUGUUUAUGGGAUCUCAGAUUAAUUUUGUUCGUACGGAUGAGCUUGAAAACGCAUGGCGUAUUUUCACACCUGUGCUGAAGGAGAUCGAAGAGAAACGAGUUCAACCGACCCAGUACAAAUUUGGAAGGUUCGUCUACUUUUAG